AGUAAGAAAGAGACCAUGAAAUCAGAAGAGGCAGAAGCAUACUUCGCGUCGCAAGGCUUUAAAAGAUUCGGAUACAUAGUCUAUAAAAUCCAUACGACGUAGAUGUGUUGUUUCUGGAUCGUUGUUGAAGAUAUUCCAUCACGAUUUGUAACUUGUACUCGUAAUUUGUUGUGUGAACGAUCGUGCAAGCGCAAUGUAUACGCGGCUGAGCAGAUGCAAUCAGUCUGUGCCUAAAAAGAAACUGCGUCACCAAUUUGUCUGUGAUAACUUUGCGGUACGCAGGACCGUAGCGAACGGUUUUCAACCAAGGCCUUUCGAGGAUGUGCCUGGACCAAAAUCUUUACCCAUUAUCGGAACGCUUUACAAAUAUCUACCAUUAACUGGGGAAUAUAGUUUUACAAAUCUAUACGAGAGUGGAGUGAGAAAAUUGAAAAGUUUCGGGCCCAUAGUGCGCGAAGAAAUAGUGCCGCGUGUAAAUAUUGUGUGGAUCUAUCGGCCGGAAGAUAUAGCCGAGAUUUUUAAAGCGGAAUCUGGUUUGCAUCCAGAAAGAAGGAGUCACUUGGCUCUUCUAAAAUACCGAAAAGAUCGGAAAGACGUGUACAACACUGGAGGCCUAUUACCCACAAAUGGACCAGAAUGGUGGAGGUUGCGCAAAGAAUUUCAAAAAGUUACCAGCAAACCUCAAGAUGUGAUGAAUUAUUUAGAAGAAACAAACCAUGUUGUGCAGGAAUUUGUUGAAUUAUGCAGCAAAGAAAAGUUUGAGGAUUUCCUACCGAUUUUAUCGCGCUUAUACCUCGAACUGACGUGUCUAGUUGUUUUCGAUGUAAGGCUCAACAGCUUCUCAAAAAAAGAAAGAUGCGAAAAUUCCAGAAGUUCAAAAUUGAUUAAGGCUGCUCUUGCAACGAACAGUGCAAUCUUAAAGCUGGAUAAUGGAUUUCAGUUAUGGCGGUAUUUUGAAACGCCAUUAUACCGAAAGCUACGUAAAGCUCAAAUGUAUAUGGAAACAAUUGCAUUAGAACUGGUAUCCCUGAAAAAAGAUAAAGAAGCUCGACAAAAUAAAUCAUUUCUAAAUGCUUAUUUAGAAAAUCCUGCUCUGGAUAUCAAGGACGUUGUGGGCAUGGCUUGUGACAUGUUACUUGCUGGCAUAGACACCACUACCUACAGUACAGCUUUUACAUUAUAUCAUCUUGCACGGAAUCAAGAUAUACAGGAAAAAUUGAGAUCCGAAGCAACGCAAUUAUUACCUCGUCAUGAUCAACCAGUGACAGCUGAUGUUUUACGAAAUGCUAUGUACACCAAAGCUGUUAUAAAAGAAAGUUUGCGAUUAAAUCCAAUUUCUGUCGGAGUAGGUCGCAUUUUGCAAACUGACGUCAUUAUUAGUGGUUACAAAAUACCCAAAGGGACCGUGGUUGUGACGCAAAAUCAAAUUAUUUGUCGGCUCCCCGAAUAUUUUAGUAAUCCCGACUCGUUCAUACCAGAAAGGUGGCUUCGUGAAAACUCGGAAAAUAAAGCAGUCUGUGGAAAAUCAGUACAUCCGUACGUGUUAUUACCCUUUGGACAUGGCCCCCGUUCUUGUAUAGCCAGACGCUUUGCGGAACAAAAUAUGCAAGUACUCCUAUUACGGAUCUCCAGACAGCUAAAAUUUUCUUGGCAUGGCGGUCAACUUGGAAUAUUAUCUUUGUUGAUCAACAAACCUGACGCGCCGCUGAAAUUCGAAUUCCGUGAUAUCGGAAAAGCAGAUUCUAUUUCUUAAACCAGCAACGAUGUACAG